ACACGGUCCUGUAAUCUGCACAGUAGCUCUGAGCGCGCAGAGCAAUCUCCCAGCAGAGGAAAUCGGCAAGUUGCGCCCGCUUUCCCCAGCGCAGAACAGAGCAGCCAGUGUUUGGGGGGCGUAGAGGGAAGAAGCAGCCAGUGCCGUCGCCCCAGUGAGCCCGGCAUCCCCACCUGCUGGCAGAGAUGGACCCCGGGGAGAUCCCCAUCCAGACAGAGCUGGUGGAGCUGGUGCCCAAUGGGAAAUACGCUGUGAACGCCUCGGCCAUCCCCUUGGUGGGGAAUGACAGAUUUGAAGAGCCCCAGCCCACCAUGGCAGAGAUGGAGGAGUUCCUGCCCCAGGGCCCUGACAAGAAGCAGACCCACUUCACGGAUUUCGAAGGGAAGACCUCCUUUGGCAUGUCCGUGUUCAACCUCAGCAACGCCAUCAUGGGCAGCGGCAUUCUGGGGCUAGCCUACGCCAUGGCCAACACUGGCAUCCUCCUCUUCCUCUUCCUCCUGACCACAGUGGCCUUGCUGUCCAGCUACUCCAUCCACCUGCUGCUGAAGUCCUCUGGGAUUGUGGGGAUACGUGCGUAUGAGCAGCUGGGCUACAGGGCCUUCGGCACGCCAGGGAAGCUGGCCGCGGCCACCGCUAUCACGCUGCAGAACAUCGGAGCCAUGUCCAGCUACCUGUACAUUGUGAAGUCCGAGGUGCCUCUGGUGAUCCAGACCUUCCUCAACCUGGAGGAGAAGAGCACGGACUGGUACCUGAAUGGGAACUACCUGGUGAUCCUCAUCUCCAUCACCAUCAUCCUGCCCCUGGCCCUGAUGAAGCAGCUCGGCUACCUGGGCUACGCCAGCGGGUUCUCCCUCAGCUGCAUGGUCUUCUUCCUCAUCUCGGUCAUCUACAAGAAGUUCCAGAUCCCCUGCCCCCUCCCUGAGCAGGAUGGCAAUGGCACACGCAACCUCAGCAACGCCCAGGGCAGCACCAGCGACUAUCAGAAUGGCUACCCGGUCCUCCAGCCAGCUGCUGCCGGGGCCGCCUGCUCUGCCAGCCUCUUCACACUCAACUCCCAGACAGCCUACACUAUCCCCAUCAUGGCGUUUGCCUUCGUGUGCCACCCCGAGGUGCUGCCCAUCUACACGGAGCUGAAGGACCCCUCCAAGAAGAAGAUGCAGGGCAUCUCGAACAUCUCCAUCGCCGUCAUGUAUGUCAUGUACUUCCUGGCUGCCCUCUUUGGCUACCUCACAUUCUACGGCCGGGUGGAGUCGGAGCUGCUGCACACCUACAGCUACGUGGACCCCUUCGACGUGCUGAUUCUGUGCGUGCGUGUGGCAGUGCUGACCGCCGUGACGCUGACUGUGCCCAUCGUCCUAUUCCCGGUGCGCCGCGCCAUCCAGCAGAUGCUCUUCCAAGGCAAGGACUUCAGUUGGGUCCGUCACACGGCGAUCGCUGUGGUCCUGCUGAGCACCAUCAACCUGCUGGUCAUCUUUGCCCCCUCCAUCCUCGGCAUCUUCGGCUUGAUUGGUGCCACGUCAGCCCCCUGCCUCAUCUUCAUCUUCCCGGCCAUCUUCUACAUUCGCAUCGUACCCAAGGACAAGGAGCCCCCGAAGUCCACCCCCAAGAUCCUGGCUGCCGGCUUCGCGGGCCUUGGCGUGCUCUUCAUGGUCAUGAGUCUCAGCUUCAUCAUCAGCGACUGGGCGAUGGGUGGCGGCAAGAGCGGGGGCAGCCACUAAGAGGGCAACAGGAGGCACCCUCCUGCCCCCGCCCCACACCCUGGGAGAUGGGGCUGACUGAGCCAUGCUCCCCUGCCCCUGUCCUGCUGCUAGUACUGUCCAGCGACCCGGACCUCACCACUGCCGAACCAGGGAUGCACCCGCAGCCCUGUGGCACUACUGGGAUUUUCCCAGCGCAGGCGAGCCAGCCCUUCGCAGCCAAUGAAUGUAGCAUGGGGGGGGGCGAGCAAUCCGUGGGCCUGGCUGGGCUGGGCCAGUCCGGCCGGGGAGCUUCAAGUGCCAGAAGGAGGAGAAGCAGGUCUAAUGGUUGUAGCAUGGGAGUGGGCUCUAUUCCCAGCUCUGCCCUUGUCCGGCUAGGUGAGCUUGCCUCAGUUUUCCCAUCUGUAAAAUGGGGCUGCUACUUCCCUACCUCACUGGGGGCUGGCUGCGAGACGGAGCCGCUCCAUGCACAUGUGGAGCAGCCAGAAGGCCCCCGAUGGCGGUGCCAGCGAGGCAGUCAGAGGAUUGUUCCAGGGGGGCAGGAAACAGGAAGCGAGUGCUGCCAAGUGGGAAGUGACGCAGACAGAGGGCACGUCCUGUCAGGGAGCAGCUUGGCAGCGAAAAAGAAACGAAAUGGGGCAGGGUGUAGUGCUGUCCUGUCCUGUGCCUCAGUUUCUUUUUCCCUGCCGGGACACAGGGCCAAACACGCCCUUCCGAAGCCCCUUUUCCUGUUGAGUGGGAGGGGGGGUCCCACGCUCUGUGAGGCAGCGGCAGAGUUGUGCUAAGCCCGCAGCCAUGAUCUCACACCUGCCAAGGAGGGUGGCAUUUGGGGUGAACUGAGGGGCAGGGACACCCUGCACUGGAGGGAGCAGGGCCUUGGCAUAUCUCACCUUGGCCCGUGUGGGUGGAAGGUCCAAUGCCAGCCCUGGUAUGCCCCCCCCAUCUGCUAUCACAAAGGGGGCCUUGCCCGCUGCCUGGAUCAGCUCCCUGCCCCACAGCACUGAGAGACAUGGCCCAACCGUGCCCCCUUCUCAGGAGGGCCUUCCCCACUGGCUGGCAGAGGGUGCCCCACUGAGAGUUGGCAGUGUGUGCUGGGAAUUGUGGCCCUGCCAUUGAGCCUGUAUAGAAACUAAACAAUCCCUAAAAAUUGAUUUGCUGCUAAUGGAAAUAGUUUAGGAGAACCUACAUUAAUUUAUAUUGUAUAUGUGUACACAUACACACACACGCGCGCGUACACACAUACUGUUGUUAUUGUGUUACUGACCUUGCGGUUAGUGAUUUCCAUAGGGUGCCCAUCCCAUGCAGACCGUGUCAGAGCUGGGAGGGUCCAGUGAAAUUGUGUUUGGUUGGCUGCUGUCUUCAAUUUGGGAUGCCCCCUCGUUACUGCUUGUGGUGGGCAUGAGGAGAAUCAGUUCACCAUGGGCCUCUCCUUUUGUCCUCCCACCCGGCCAGUUCGCUGGGGGAAGCCAAACCUGGGGGUGCCGGCAGCGUGCACCUGUUUAAUAUCUUCUGCCCCCCCUUUGGACAGGUCUUCUCCACCUCUCUGACCUGUGGUCCCAUCAGACUUCAGCCCAAACCAAAGAUGGCUCCCAGCCCUCUCCACAUGCUAUGGUCAUGGGUCCCUCUUCCUCAGGGUCUGGCUGGCUGAGGGGCAGGACAUGGGCAGAAGAAGCCACCCUGGAUGUGGCCUCCUCCCAGACCCACAGCAGGGGCUGUUCUUGGUGCCUUGGAGUGGGGAGACCUGCAGAGCUCCCUAGCUAGCUGUGGGUGGGGGUCCCCAGGCAGUGAGGGGGCCUCCUGGCCUAGCUGCUAGUGAGAGUUUGACCGCGCUAGCCCUAACGCCGUGGGAACCACGUGAUGGCUUUGAUUUCCCCAAAGGGAGAGGCCGCGUCACUCUGAACUUUUCCUGUGUGAACCUGAAAAGGGUCCUGGUUAUACUGGCUGUUGCUGGGCUGGACUGGAAAGUGAGCUGGUAGAGGUGCCUAGAUUGUAGUUAGAGGAAAAACCCAUGCAGAGUCACAGCUCACCACCCAGCUAGUGAGGGGCUGGGCCUGUGUUCGCCCUCGAUCCUGGCCUAAGGGGGCAGGCUGCCUGGGUAUGUGAGGGUCACUCAUGGAGGGGUGAAGGCAGCAGCGUUGUGUCUGUGUUGGCUGGCAGGGAACCCAGGUGGGGCUCCAGAAUGGGCACCCCUCUGAAAGGAGUUUCUGGAGGCUGGGGUUCAGCUAGGAGAACUGAGGCAGGUUUUUCUGGACUCCCCCAGGUGCCUGGGCUUCUUUGACAAUGCUCUUCAGACCUCCCCAGGGGUGGGGUGCUUCCCCAAGGGCCUCUCCUGCUGUCCUGCCCGCCCAGUUGGCUCCCCCAGCCCUGAAGCCAGAGCUGGGGGUCCAGCAGGGUGAACCAGCUGCCUUCUUGGGUAUACAGCCAUGUGCAGGCCUGCGGUGCUGAUGCCGUGGGGCGCAUGGGGUUCCUGCCUGAGGCCUCCCCGGGCCCGGCUGCAGUGUCACACCCUCAGUGGUCAGGGCACCCAUGGACACAGGGGGCUGUUUGGGGCCGCUGUGACUCAGGGACGUCCCAAACCAAGGCACAGCCGCUCCCCCAGGGCCCGGCCAGGGCUCUCUCCCGGGUUUGGCCAAGCAGAGGAGGGUCCCUGGGCUGGAGCGAGACCCAUUCAUGUCCUGUGGGGGGGCAGCCCUAAUGGCUGGGGGCAGACGAGGGUGAUCAGUGGGGAGGAAGGGUCAGGGUGGGUGUGUAUGUAACCCAUAUGCCUCCUGGGUGUUGUGCUCUGUCCCCUCUCGUGGUACAGAGACCACUUAGAGAUUAGUGAGUCUGCUACAGCUGUAGCUCAGAGGCACGUGGCUUUUAGCUGACACAGUAGAGGCUCAUACACUAAGCUCCAGAGGUCCCAGGUUCCAUCCCGCCUGCCAAUGACUGGGGUCUUGUACAUGUACACGAGGGGGGGCAGGGCCCAUGGGGGGAGCUGGUGAUGUGCUGGCAGGUUCCAUUCUGAAGGACAGGGAACACCCUGGGCAGCAGAGGAACGUGGGGCUUGAUCUCCCGAACAGAGAACACCGGUGGCUCAGCCCACGGCAACGUAGGGCCCAGACACCAAGGUGACGGGCACCAAAUACCUAUGCAGUGUAAUGAGUCAUGGUCUACGGGAUGAUGCUGCCCCCUGCAGCCCAGGGUCGUCAUUGCCUUCAAUGCAUCCAAUGAAGUGACCUGUAGCUCACGAAAGCUUAUGCUCAAAUAAAUUGGUUAGUCUCUAA